GCCUUGAUGAGCCCGCCGUCCGCAGCCGCCACCCCGGAGACCACCUCGACGUCGUCGUCCUCGUCCGCCUCCUGCUCCUCCUCCUCCUCUUCCUCCUCCUCCAACCGCGCCAGCGCCUCCACGGCUGCCUGCAAGAGCGCGGGCGGCGGCGGCGGCGGCGGUAGCGGUAGCGGCGGCGUGGGCGCCGGGAGCGGGGUCUCCAAGAAGGCGAGCUCAGGGCUGCGGCGGCCGGAGAAACCGCCCUACUCGUACAUAGCGCUCAUCGUCAUGGCCAUCCAGAGCUCGCCCAGCAAGCGCCUGACGCUCAGCGAGAUCUACCAGUUCCUGCAGGCGCGCUUCCCCUUCUUCCGCGGCGCCUACCAGGGCUGGAAGAACUCCGUGCGCCACAACCUCUCGCUCAACGAGUGCUUCAUCAAGCUGCCCAAGGGCCUGGGGCGGCCCGGAAAGGGGCACUACUGGACCAUCGACCCCGCCAGUGAGUUCAUGUUCGAGGAGGGUUCGUUCCGCCGACGACCGCGCGGCUUCAGGAGGAAGUGCCAGGCGCUCAAGCCCAUGUACCACCGCGUGGUGAGCGGCUUGGGCUUCGGGGCCUCGCUGCUGCCCCAGAGUUUCGACUUCCAGGCACCCCCGUCAGCGCCGCUCGGCUGCCACGGACAAGGCGGUUACGGCGGCCUUGACAUGAUGCCCGGGGGCUACGACGCUAGCGCGGGUGCGCCGGGCCACGCACACCCGCACCACCACCACCACCACCACGUCCCGCACAUGUCACCCAACCCGGGCUCCACCUACAUGGCCAGCUGCCCCGUGCCCGCCGGGCCUGGGGGUGUAGGCACGGCCGGGGGCAGCGGCGGCGGUGGGGACUACGGCCCGGACAGCAGCAGCAGCCCCGUGCCUUCGUCCCCUGCCCUGGCGAGCGCCAUCGAGUGCCACUCGCCCUACACGAGCCCAGGGGCGCAUUGGGGCUCUCCCGGCGCCUCGCCUUACCUCAAGCAGCCUGCCGCUCUGACGCCCAGCAGCAACCCCGCGGCCUCCGCAGGCUUGCACUCCAGCAUGUCCUCCUACUCGCUGGAGCAGAGCUACCUGCACCAGAACGCCCGCGAAGAGCUGUCAGUGGGACUGCCUCGGUACCAGCAUCACUCUACCCCAGUGUGUGACAGAAAAGAUUUCGUCCUCAACUUCAACGGCAUUUCUUCUUUCCAUCCCUCUGCUAGUGGGCCAUACUAUCACCACCACCAUCACCAGAGCGUCUGUCAGGAUAUUAAGCCCUGUGUCAUGUGAAUGGAGGGAGGCAGGCCAUGCCAAGGCCACUUUCUCCUGGGGGGGGGGGGGUGAACUGAGAUGGACUCACAUAAAGUGCACCCCAUAGCUGUAAGUAGCACACCAUUCACUUAGAAUCCCCAGGCCUGUGUGUUCACUGACACUUAUCUACCAUUGGUAGAAGGACAAGCCCUGGCAUGGUAAUGUCCUAAAUGUGUGCAGGCUCCACUGAGGGGAAGAGCUGAGAGCUCAACUUCUUAGCGAAGAUGGUAAAAAGUUACCACAUGAAAAACAUAAGCAUGUAACUCUGGGAUCUUCAUUGCCUUCAGUAAUCAGGGUCUGAAAAAUGCAGACAAGUUGUCUGUGUGUUUUUCUUUGUCUAUAAAAAUGUAUGUGCUUUUCAAAAAGGCAGUGCUAAACGCAAGAUUUCAAGAAAGCUGCAUGUCAUUGCCUACCUAAGGAAGGAGUUCUGUUUCGCCAAACACUACCUUUGGAUAUAAAUGCCAAAGAACAGUAUUAAGAAAGUAUUUAGAAACAAUGUGUCUAGUUUAAGAACACAGUUUUCAGUAUUGUGACAAUACAACGUUUUUUACCAGGUUAUUUUCUACCACGGUAUUUUAAAGAUAUUUUUAUCUCAUGUAUACUCACACUUGUAUUUUAAAAGGAGGAUAUAUUUGCACUUAUGUAUACUUUUACAGUUUGCCAAACUAUUUUGAUGUAAAAUGUUUUCAAUAAAAUGUAUGUAACAUAUAGUCA